UAAUCCAUACGUGAUAUUUACACGCAGCAAAACUGAGUCAGAAAUAUUCACUCAGUUGAACUGUAGCAUGCCUUCUCUCAAAAUAAUGAUCACAUUCAUUAUAAAGCUGAUAUUUUACGGUAGACCCUGACCAGUGUCUAAAAUUUUUGUUCAUUAUGAACAAAUUGUUCAUUGUGGUUUGUUUAGUGCUUUUCACGACUGGGUGGUUGUCGGAAGCGAAGCCUCAAGGAUGCCCUAGUUGUGGAUCACCUCACGAAGAAGUGAGUGAGAAGUGUUGUAACAAUUGUGACCUAUGUCGUGCCAGCUUUGAAGUAGAAAAACCACUAGGACCGAUUUGUCCACGAUUCAAACAUCAUUCGUAUAAUGUCGAACACAUAAGGACUCCCUGUCGGGAUGAAGUGAGGAAAAGGCACGAUGCAGACAUUGAAAUCCCUCUUGACCCUGAUUGUUUGCGAUUGACCAAAACAUAUUAUAAGGUGAAUAGACCUCCUCCAUUACCAUGUCCUGAUCCCUUAGAAGAGCUUGAUUUUGAAGUGCAAUCGCCAACGGUGGAACAGAAAUGCAAGGAGCUCAAGUUAACUGCUAGCGUCGAUUACGACCCAAGGCAUUGCCAGUGUGAUUGCAGCCGGUACGAUAGUUAUAGAAACUCAUCUAAAUCAAUCAAUGAAAUAACCGAUAAGUAUAGUUGUAAGCUACUCCAGCGUGUUAAGCGUUCUCGGCUUAAGUCCGAAAUAGCUAGAAAAUUUCAAGAACAGUUCAAUUUAACACGUAAUUUAACAGUCAUCCCUUUAUUGAGAAAUCGACGAAAACGAUCCUUAGACAAUUCUUUGAUCAAAGAGGGAUACGUUUGUCGGUGUGUCCCCGAGAGCAACAGUGCGAGCUUAUUUGGUGACAGCUCCGUACAGACUCAAGAACCAACAGUAACUAGUUCUGCUUCUGACGUAUUUUACGAGGAACCAGUCUAUUUGGGUGGUGCGCAGCCUCCUUCCUACCAAGAGAUGCGUGCUCAUCUCGAUGGUACACCACUUUCCCGAGCGGUAGAUACCGAGGAAAUGAUCAGAGAAUUAGCAGUAAUCUAUUAUGAUAUUUAUAAAGUUAGCUCUACACGAAACUAUUCCAUUCCCCUGAAGUACGGUACCAAAGACGUUCACGUCGAUGGUCAAGGGUUGCGAACGUACGAUAUUCACCCGGUAGCCGGGCAGUACCAACCGUCGGCGUUCAACAACUUUGUUAGUUUUGCAAAUCAGAUGUUUGGUCAUCUCGUGGAUUCAGAGCUAGCUGCAGCCAAAUUGUUGGAAUCAAUUUUACCCAAUGGGCCAGCAAAAUGGCUCCAGCAAUUUAUGGGCUCACUUGUCAGAAAUAAACGACAACAUGAGGUUGAGAAUCAAGAUCCUAUUUGAAAAAUCCUUCAUUAUUUUAUUUUUAAAACUUACUUUCGCACUAACAGACAUCGUUGAUUAAUCAAAUAAAUAAUAGCAGAACGAACUGGAAAAUAUACAGAAUGUACUUUAACAAUAUUAUCAUUCUAAUAAAAUAAACUCUAUAUUUUAGCAACUGAGUGACAUACGUAACCAACAGAAACCUACCAGAAAUAGUGCAACGUUAGAAUGUUGUGACCGAACAAGUUGCAUCAAUACCGACGAAGAACCACUGCACUGUUAUCUUUUUAUUUAAUCAUUCUAAGUCAUUAUGUAUGAAAUAUAGUAAAGUUAUACAGUUAAUGGAGAAUAUGUCUUAUUCAAGUUGCUUCCAUUUCAAGUUCACUUUCUUAUUAUAAUAAAGUAAGAGAGUAGGGGAGA